AUGUCAUCAUCAUCAUCGUCAUCGACUUCAAUGCGCCGUUAUCAUUCAAACAACGACGAACGGGACAUCGAUUCGGCCGGCGUGCAUGACAGUGAACGGCAAUGCAAGACACAGCCGUGUCGAACGAUAUCAAACCGUCUUCAACAACUACGUGUGCUUGGUGAUAUCAACGUCACUAUAUGCCAUGGCAGUAGUACGUUGUCCGGCGAAGCUUUGGCGGAAGAAGAAUUAGUCGAACGAUUGAAACAGACAAUUAACGAAUUCAUGACUCGACCUGAUCGUCGAUAUUCGUAUGAUACGACACUGCGUUGGACAGUUGAUCAUGGCAAUGAAAUUAAUUACAGUGUAGUCAUCUACAUUAAUCAACCAGCAAAUCUAUUUUGA